AUGUCGCUGGCUAUGAAAGCACGGCAAAAAGUUAGGAGGAAGGCAGCAGCUAAAGACCGGGUCUUUGGGUGUGACCUGGUGGAGCAUCUCCAGUUAUCUGGUCAGGAUGUUCCUCAGGUCUUGAAGAGCUGCACAGAGUUUGUAGAAAAGCAUGGGAUAGUGGACGGGAUUUACCGGCUGUCAGGGGUCUCAUCAAACAUCCAGAAACUAAGGCUUGAAUUUGACACUGACCGCAGCCCUGACCUCAACAAAGACGUCUAUCUGCAGGACAUCCACUGCGUGAGCUCCCUGUGCAAGGCCUAUUUCCGGGAGCUGCCCAAUCCCCUCCUCACGUACCAGCUGUAUGACAAGUUUGCGGAUGCUGUGGCCAUUCAGCUGGAAGAGGAACGACUGGUAAAGAUCAAGGAAGUGCUAAAGGAACUCCCGUUGCAACACUACAGGACCCUGGAGUUCCUGAUGAGGCAUCUGGUCCGCAUAGCAUCCUUCAGCUCCCAGACCAACAUGCAUGUGAGAAACCUGGCAAUCGUCUGGGCUCCCAACCUGCUAAGGUCCAAGGACAUUGAGGCAUCUGGUUUUAAUGGCACAGCAGCUUUCAUGGAGGUCCGCAUCCAGUCCAUCGUGGUGGAGUUUAUCCUCACCCACGUGGAGCAGCUUUUUGGAGAUGCUCCUCUCUGUGCAGGUAGCCGUGAAUCCCUCAGGAAAUCCCUCCUUCUUAUGGGCUCGCCAACAGCCCUCCUCGAUGACAAAUACUGCUUGCCCUACAAUGUUCCAACGAUGCUGAACCAGGGAGAUGGGCCUCCACAGAUGCGCCCGUACCACACCAUUAUUGAUCUCAACGACAAUAAAAGAAAGGGCUCCCUAAAGGCAAAGAAAUGGAGGUCCAUCUUCAACCUGGGACGAUCCAGUCAUGACUCAAAGCGCAAAAUGAGCAAAUCAGAAAAGGAAGACAAAGUGGACAAGCUGCGACUGCGACCAGCAAAAAGCAUGGAUUCCCUCAGCUCUAUGCCAUGUAUGAGCGAUGAUGUUGCUCCGCUGGGGGCAAGGAGGUCCCAGAAGCAGCUCGUCCAAUGCCGUGAGAGCUUUAACAGCCAUUCUUCACAAGACAACAGCUUCCUGGAGUCAGAGGAGCAGACCAAAGCUGAGGAAGCAACGGGUGAAUCUGAGGGGGAAGCCACUGCCAAGUCGGAGCCCACCACCCCGAAAGCCAGCAGGUCCAGCCUCGUUGGGGUGGCCCCUCAAGGGCGAUCACCCCAGUCUGCACGGAGCCGGGCAGAGAAGUGUGCUGGGGUUCACAUCUCAGGGCCUUUCUCUGUUACGGUCCCUUUCCACAUUACCUCCAACCUGACUUUGUCCCGCUUGACUCGGGGACUGGAGUGCCCUGCCCUAAGUCAUUGCAGUUUGGACAAGGAGGCUCCCGAGAGUUCUUUGGCCACCGAGGAAGUAUCUUCUUUGAAGAAGAAAGAAGAGAAGCCCAAGCUGUCAGAGAGCAGCAUGGACAAGUUAGAUCCUACAGAACCUGAUGCAAAAGUGGAAAGCUCAUUGGACUUGGAGGAGAACCGAUUGUCUCUGGAAGUCCAGGAUUCCUUUUCCUUCUUGGACAGCCAAGACACUUGGUUGGGCGACAGUCUUGACAGCAGCCAGCCCUGGAAGAACCCACAUAUGGCCCCUGAUGUUGCAGACAGAGAGAUGGAUGACUUCCCAGCCAUGGACGAUUAUAUGGGGAAUGGGUUCAUGAAUGAAAUGAUGGGAGGAGGCUGGCAGGAGACAUAUUCUGCUCCUCCAUCACUGGAUUAUCUGUCUAUUGAGGAGUGUAUGAACGAACAUUCGGAUGAGGAAGAUGACCAGUAUUAUUUGGCCACAGGUUUCUUGGAUAAGGAACAGCACUCCAAGGAGGUGGACUCUGAAGAAGUCUAUCUGAGUGCAUAUGAUGAUCUCAGCCCUUUAGCUAACGAGCUAAAGGAUUCUCAGCAUUUUAAUGAAUUUCCAGAUGCCCCCCUCACAGGAAAUCUGUCAGCUAAUCAACCCAUCAGUCUUGCUGGAGAGACUUCGCCUGAAGACCCAACAGUAUUUGAAGCCAAUAUGGGACAUUUGCUAGGCGGUCCUCCAGCAAAUGACACUGGAUUGGCCAAUUCACAUCUAGACUCAGAGCCAACUGGCCUGGCAGAGAAAGAGGAUGGGGCCUCCCUGAGUUCCAGAAGCAAUUCCCAUGAGCUGGAAGCAUCUGAGAAGAAUGGAACCAAAGGCACCAUGGUAAAGCCUAGUUUGUCUUUGUCACUGCAAGCAGAAGAUUCAAAUCCUGGAGAUGAAGAUGACCUCCUUCUUGAAACCGGACAUUUACUUCACCAUGCUGGAGUUUCAGAAGAAAACCAUGAAAAAACUCUGGCUCUGGAUUAUGCAACUCAGAUAACUCAACCAAGCCUCAAGGAUGAGAAGCAACUAAAAGCUCAGGUUGCAUCAGAAACUGAGCAGGUUGAGUGGCCUCCUUGCAUGCCCAGUUUAGAGGUUGAUGGACCAACUCCAGAGGUUGUUGGAACAUCUGAUGAACACGUGGACUCUGAGUUCCCAUUUCAAGAGGCACGGCAGCUCCUGAGCAGAGAGAUUUCCCAAGCUACUUUAUCACUGGAAGAUCAAAGUUUGACUGGAACUCAUGUCCAGAUUUUUCCCUCUUCAGGCAGCACAUCUGAAAUGGCAUGUUCUGAGACGAACUCUCUACCUGCCCCUUUGCUUGACUUGAGUCUUGAGCAAGUUGCUUGGUCCCAGACAGCCCUUCAAAAUGCCCCAUUGUCUGAGGGUUGCACUGAGUCUUCUUCCUUGUUGCUCGUAGCCUCUUCCCGGAAGAGCUGUCCAGAAAGUCUUCUGCAGAAACCUUAUUAUGCAUCACCAGAAGAAGCUUCAGCAGCCCUAAAGCACAAUGUCCAACCUGAUGGGAGCGUAUCCAUGAAAAAGACGUCCAGCACAGUCAGAGUCCAGCAGGUGAAAUCUUUCCCAGUUGUGCCUCCAAAGCCCCAGUUUGCCAAGAUCCCUCCUUCCUUAAUGCCAAUCACUCCUCCCAAGGAAAUCUCCAUCCUAUGGCCCAACCCACCAGUAUUAGAUAAGAAUGAUGGAAAUGAGAUGAAAAAUGGGUCCAGCGAGGACAUUGUGCACAAACCACCUUGCCCUGUCAUGCACUGCAAGGCCACUGAUAGCAACGAACCUAUAGAAACCAUUCCAGCAUCUUCUGAGAUGCCCAUCUCUCCAGGUGGCUCGGGGACCCUUCAGAAGCAGCGAAACUCUAUGCCAGUCUGUCUAGAGAAAUAUGACAGAGAUGAUGAGAACAGGGGGGAUAUGCUCCAAAAUUUGCAGUGCUCCUCACCUGUAAGCAUGGAUAAAUACAGCUAUUGGUCCAAGAAUGAUGAGCUCAGCGGAGGUAACCUCCAGAAUAUGAAGUGCUCCCUUUCAGGGAAUUUAGAGAAAUAUGGUAGAAAUAUUAAGAGAGAUGACAGAAAAGGGGAGCCACCCCAGAAACAUCAGCUGAAUAAACUUGGUGAAGGCAGCGGGUCUCUUCCUCAGAAGCAAAGGUGGACCAGCUGGCGCAAUGGAGGGAGCAUGUCCUUUGAUGAGGCUGUUGCCCUUGCCAAAGAGAGGCAGGUGGCCCAAGCACCAGUAAGGAGAAUGCAGACCUAUUGCUAUGGAGAUAUCGAGGGUCCACAUGGCCUCCCUAGAGCAGAAAAGCUUCCCCCUUUCCCGAAACCUGCCCUGAAACCCUUAGGACAGCGCCCCCUGAGACCUCUGAGCUGCAUAGGCACAGCUGUAUCCCCAGAAGCUCUUCUUUCAGGGAAACCACUUCUUGCUCAAGCAUCGUCUGACAUCACCUUGGAAAGUCAGCUUUCACCUAACCAGGAAGCCUCUUGUGUUCCUCAAGACCUCCUUCCCAGGAGCAGGCUGAGUUUGCCAAAGAUAGGAAGACGCUUAUCCCUGUCAGAAGAGAUACCAGGUGCAGGGCGAUAGCAGUAGAGGUGACUGGCCUUGGGAGCUAAUUUGGGAAACUGGGAAUUUAGCCAUGCCUAAUUCUGUGUCUGACUGCGGCCUAAAAAUGUUGUUUGCUCAUACUGCAGCAGAAUCCAGCUUGUAUUCAUCUGGAUGGCAACAUCUUACAAAAAAAGCCUUUUCUGUUUGAUUGUAAGGAAUGAUUUGGUAAAAACAAAGGUUGUUUUUCCUUUGCAAAACUGCCACUUGAAAAUGCCUAGUUUAAUAUCUCAAUUGUAAAGGGCUGUGGGCAACGGAGGGUCUACACCUCGGUGGUAGAGCAUCUUUUUUGCAUGCAGAAGGGUCCAGAAGGUUGCCGUCUCCAAUUAAACAAGGAUUCCAGGCACAAGGAAUCCUCUAGGGAAGACCCUGGAGAAUCAAUGUCAGCUAAGACAGACAACACAGGGUAAGGUGGAUCAAUGGCCUGACCAUGUCUGUAUGCAACUUCAAUCAAAUAGGAUAUUCAUCCAAAAAAAAACUGAUAAUGGCCACAUUUUUUCUAUUAAUUUUUGACUGUGUUUUGAUUUUUUUAAAGAACAUCAAAAUGCCUCAGUAGAGGCAAUGACCUCCAUGGCCAAGUUUGCAGCCUAUUGAUGCUUCCAUCAGUUGCUUGAGAAGCAAAGCUUCCAUUCUUAUCAGAUGGGACUCAGCAUCAGUAGCUGCUCCUGUCUGAGGCCAAACGAUCCCUGCAAGGUCAGGAAAUCAUAGCCGUCUAGUUUGGCAGUGGUAUGUUCUGCUGUUAUAAUAGCAAAUUAGCAGAUUAAUGUGCAUGUUUUGUUCAGAAAAUAUAUGCGUUUUUAAAAUGGGAUUGUUGGUUUAAAUUUGUGUACAAACAUGCAUAUGAACUAGUUGCUGCUGAAACAAUUAAAUCACAUUGGUUUGCAAACAAUGCAGCCUUUAUACAACCUUUGGGGCAUCAAAACAUUUGGCCGCACGACCCAUGUGCGCUGCAGAAUUUUAUUCACCUAGACAGAUUUCUGUUUGGCCCUUUCUGUGCACAUCCCAUGCGCCUAAGCAGGAUUAUGUACUUGGAGCUAGCAAUGCCAUCCUAAGCAGAAUUGUACCCUUCCUGGAAACCAGUGGGCUUUAAAAGGCGUGUCCCCAAUUUGGAUGGCACUAUAAGACUCCAUUCCUACGCACACUUAUUUGGAAAUCAACCCUACUGACAAAGUAUUGACAUAGGCAUAGGACUGGUCCAUUUGAAGUUCAGAUAUUUCUGAUCAAGGGCCAGCAGUUACUGGUCAAUAUUUGUCAGAGAAAUAUUGAUUAUGUGAGAAGUUAACACAUUCCACAGCUUAUGUAGUGGAACAGAAAUCCUGUAUUCGUAUCAUCUUGUGAUCCUGUAUCAUCUUGUGAUACAAGAGGAUGUCUCCGAGAUCCUAACACCUGUGAUAACUUGCUAGAUCAUAGGUCCAACAGCAAAGCCAUUAUAAGAGAUUUCUGUCCACGUGAGGAGGGUGAUUUGUGCUAAUUUCCCCAUCCUGUGGCAGCCCCAAACACCCCUGAAAUGCUGCUCCUAAGGGACAGACUCCCAGGCAUAGCUUGAGGAGAGUAUUGAAGGUCUCCUACAGAAGGGUGGAAUAGCAACCCUCUCCACUUUGACAUAUGGAGAUCUAGGUGAAAUCUAAACCAUGGCUUUGGGGGUCAUUUAUAGUGUUUAACAUUAAUAGUCAGGUAUUUCUCCUCACAGUUCUUUCUUUUACAUAGCAAAGUAGACUUAUAACUCAAUGGGUCUGACAGACUAUCAUGAUAUAGUUUUAAAUUAUGUGUUAGCUUAAUAUAUGUAUAAGUUCAAAUUUUAUUGUAAAGCAAAACAUUCAUAAAA